AUGAAAGGAACAAAAUUUACGAUAGCUUAUUUUUUCCUUACAUUUUUCAUUUUUGAUCUAAGCCAUGGGGAAAAAGUUCAAGUAGAAUCAAUUGAGUUUACAUCGGACAUACAUUUACCAUUUACUCCUAAUUUAGUAGAAAAACAAUUAGAAGACAAGUCUAUUGCUAAUUAUAAUACCAAAAAAAAGAAAAAUUUAAAAAUUUCAAUUUCUUCAAACCCAACUAAAUAUAAUAAAAAAAUGGUUAAAUUAAAAAUUGAAGAUAAAAAAUCACCACAUUUAUACACAGAUAAACAAUAUGUGGUCCUAAAAAAUCAUAAUACUAGAAUAGAACCAUCUCAUACUAUUUAUAUAAAAAAGAAUAUCCCAUAUUUAUCGAACAAUUAUGUUUAUGAUGAAGGAAAACAAAACAAGUUAAAUAGUAUUAUGCAUUCCUUUAUUGAUAAAGGAACAACAAAUUUAUUUGAUGAAUUAUUCAGUUUUUACAUUAGUUUAAUUCAUAAAAUUAAGGAAAGCUUGGACAAAGCAAAAGAAAUAUAUAUUGCAGUAUUAUCAUAUGAAGAUAUGAAAAUAUAUUUCGAGAACAGCCCCACAUCUGAAAAAUUUAAUAUUAAUGUAUCACCGUUAAUUAUAAAAAUAAAAGAUAAAGUAGAAACAUAUAUGAGUUUCUGUGAAGAAUCUAAAGAUGAUAUAGAAAAAAAAUAUAAUAAAUUAAUAGAACUUAUGGGAAAUAAUAAAGAAUUAAGUACAUUUACAGAAAUGCAUAAUCAAAUUAAAUCAAAGAUUAUAGAGGUAGAAACAAAAUUAAAUGAAGAUUUUAAAGUUAUUGAAAGUAAAAAUUCGGAAGUUUAUAAUAUAUUAGAUAAAUUGAUACAAGAGACUUAUUGCGUAAAUAAAGAUUGUAGUAGUGUGAGUUUUCAUUAUGAAGGGAAUGUUGUAAAUCAAUUUAGUGCGUUAAAAGUUGAUAUCGCGGAUUGUCAUUUUAAUUCGGAAAAAAUUUCGAAUUUUAUGAAUUAUGAUAAUAAGUUAUUAAAAAUUAAAUAUAUAAACUUUUGUCAGAAAAAACAUAAAUUAUCUUUUAGUUUAUUAAUGGAACAAAUUAUGGAUAUUGCAGAAACUCAUAAAAAAUAUGAAGAUAUUUUUACUAAAAAUAUAGGUAUUAUUAAAAAUGCUAUGGUAGAUCUAAGUUAUGUAGAUAUGGACAGUGAAAAUAUAAUGAAAACAAUUAAUAAAUUUUCCUUCGCUUGUAAGGCAGUUUAUACUGUAGCUGAAUGGAAAGAUACAUUAAUGACAAUUUUUGAUUCAAAAAAAGCUGAAAUGUAUACUUUAUUUGACAAAAUAAAAGAGGAAUUGGAGCAUAAAAUAUUUUCUAUAGUUUAUCCAGGGGAUCUAGAAGCACGUAGUGAAAUUUUUUCAAAUUCACAAAUUAUAUUAGGUAAUAUAGAUCGUCUAAUUUUUGAAAAUUGUGAAUUAUUAGAAGGUUCAUUAUAUGGUUACAGCAAUCCAAGGAUUUAUACUAUUAAUAAUGAACUUCUUAAAAUAUGUUCUCAAUUAUUUACACAUAACAUGAGUUUGAAAAGCAAACUUCGUUUGGUUAAUGAUCAGUACAAUUUAAUGAAACAUGAACAAUCUGAAGUAGAUAAAUUGAGAAAAAGUAUACAUUUUAUAGGGAGAAAUCAAUUAGAAAAUAUUACAAGUGAUAUUGUUGAUAAAGUGCGAAAAAUGGAAAAUAUUGUAACAUUAGCGAACGAUAAACUUGAAGUGUUAAACGAAAAUGAUCAAGAAUUGGUUAGUUUAAAAGAAAAAAUUGAUCAAUUAAUUAAACAAUUUCAAGAAAAAAACGAAGAGCAAAAGGAACUAAAAAGGCAAGAAGAUGAAGAGAUAGAGCAAGCUGCAACAGAUAUUAAGCAGAACUUAGAACAGAUUGAAGAAAAAAUAAGCAAAUUAAAGCCAUUUAUAGAUUUAAAAGAUAAUUCAAAUGAAGAAUUAAAUAUUAUUGAAAGAGUAAUUGAUAUAUCAUCAUGUAAUAACAAAGAUGAAUUUACAACAGAAAAAGAAAAAAUAAAAGAAAGAAUGGAAUUAGCUUUAAAAUCUUUGCUUGGUAAUGGAAAAAUAGAAAAAGCAUAUAAAGAAUUACCACAUUAUAUAUCUGAAAAAAAAAGAUUAAAUUAUAUGUUAUAUGAUCUGGAUACAGUUAAUAAUAUAUUAAAAGAGUUAAAACAGAAAUGUGAUGAACUAGAUGAAUUUAUAAAUAAAGGUACAACUAUUGUGAAUGAUGAGGUAACAAUUGAAGCAAGUAAUCUUACACAGCUUAGGAAUAAUCUUAUUAUGAAAUCAUUUGAAGAUUUACAUAACAAAAUGAAUAAUUCAUAUCAAAAUUUUAACAAUACAUUGAGUUCUAUAAAUGAAAAUAUAGCUGAUUGUGAAGAGAAAAGGAAAAAAAUUAAAAUAUAUGAAGAUGAUAUAGCAGAAAGAAAAGGCGAAUUUUUGGAUAAGCUUAUUGAGGAAGGUAACGAUUCACUAAAAGGGGGGGAUACAUCUCAGGUUGUAUUGGCUCUUAAAGAAGUUAUUAAAGAAAAUAAAAUUUUCAUAUUAGAAAAAAUAAGUGAUGGAAGAAGUAUUAUAGAUACUUUUAAAGGACAAUUUGAAUUAUCCAGGAAAAUAGAGAAAUAUAAAAGUUAUCUUCAAAAUAAUCAAAUUUUUGACAAUAUUAACUCUUUAAAGGCAAGUAUUCAUGAAAUGAAUGCAGAUAACAAACUAAAUGAUUGUCAGUCAAGAUAUGAUAGUGUUAUAUAUUCAAUAGAUGAUAGCAUAAAAAAGGUUGAACUAUCAAAAAGUAUUAUAGAAGGUGUUAAAAUUUUAAAUAAAGUUAUAAAUGAAUCUAAUAAAAAUAACGAGUCCAUUGAGCAUUUAAAAGGAAAUUUAAAGGAGUCAGAUGAAAAAAUUAAUAAACACAUGGUUUCCAUUAAUGAAGAUAAUUUGAUAGAAGAUGAUGUAAAACAGAGACUUUUAGGUGAAUUAAACAAUGAAAAAAAUAAAAUAGAAGAUGAAAUAAGAAAAAUUAGUGCAUUAAAGGAAAGAUCGAAUGAUUUAAUAGAAUCUUCUACAAAUUUUAAAGAAACAGUCGGAAAUUCUCUUGCUGAAGAAGAUACAAGGGCUCAUUCAAAAGAUAUAUCAAGUAAAAAAGAAAAAUUGGAAUCUAUUACAGGUGAAAUAAGUAAUUUAACAACAGCAAUUACAGUACUAAGUUUUGGGGUUGAUAGUUUAAUUAACACUCAGAAUAAUGAAAUUGCAAAUUUAAUUUAUAAUUUAAUAAUAAAAUUAGAAUGGGAAAUAAAGAGUAAAGUAGAAAGAAGUUUGGGAAUUUUAGAGGCAACAAAAGAGAGUUUCGAAAAAUAUAAAUUUGAAAAAGAUAUAAAAAAUAUUUUUAGUGAAGAAAAUAAGGAAGCACUAAACAUAAUAUCUCAAAAUAUUAUUACUUUCAAGAAUUAUAUUAAUACAUAUAUGGAAAAAUAUUUAGAAAUUAAAAAAAAAUCAAAAAAUAUAGUUGAUGAAUCUGAUAAUCUAAAGAAAAGUAUUGAGAAUCUCGUUGACAAAAGAAGUAAUAUGAAAAUGAAUAAUGGACAAAUGAAUACAAUAUUAGAAGACUUUAGUACAUGGGAAGAAGAGUUACAAAAUUUAUUAUCAAAUAUAAAUGAAAAAAAAUUAGAAUAUAAAAAAACUUUAGUAUAUGAUUCUAUGGAUAGAAUUAUCUAUCAAAAAAGAAGAAGUGAUGAAGAAAUAGAAACCAUUAAUCUUUACAAUGAGAAAAUUGAUAAAUUAAAGAAAAAAAUAACUGAUACCACAGAAUGUGUAUUAGAGAAUUUUAAUUAUGAAGAUUAUACCAAUGGUUCUAGAAGAAAUCAGGAGAAAAUAGAUAGAUUAGAACAAGAAGUUAGUAUAUUAAGAAAUGAGGUAUCCAAUGCUAAAAGAGAAGAUGAAAUCCAUGCCAUUCAUACGAAUGUUAAACAAAAAUUGAGAGAAGUUAUAAAUGAAAAGAGUAAAAUAGAUGAUGUAUCAAAAGUAAUUAAGCAUAUGGAAAAAUUGUUAAUGCUAACAGAAUUUAGUGUAGUAAUGGAAGACAUAGAAAUGAAUACUCCAAAGGUUAAGGAAGAAGAAGGACUUGUCAAAAAACAAUUCACAGAAUCAGAAAAAAUGAAGGAGAACAUAUUGAGAGAUUUCGAAAAUGCAAAGAAAUUAAAAGAUUCGCUUAUAAACAACUUAGAUGAAAAUUCAAUUGAUAGAUGCAUAGAGGAAGUUAAGGUAAUUAGAGAAAACAUUUUAUCUAAUAUAGAAAAUAUAAAUAAUUUUUUAAAAGAAGCUGAAAUACAUAAAAUAGCCUCUUUAUUAUAUUUUAAAAAUACUGUAAGAGGAAAAGAAAAAAUAGAAUAUUUAAAAAAUCAUGAUGAAGGUGAAAAAAAAGAAAUAACUGAGCAAGUAAUGGAAAAUGUAAAUAGGUAUGUUCGUGAAUCUGAAGAUUAUUCAAAUAAGGCAGCUGAACAUGCUCAGAAAACUAGUAAAAAUUAUGAAUUAUCUUCAGCAUAUGAAAAAAAGAUCAAUGAUCUUUUAAAAGAACAGUUAAUUUUAGCAGAAAAAAUAAAGGUAGAUAUGAAAAAAAAUGAUGCAAUAUAUGUGCAGAUAGAAAUUGAGGAUGAUUACUAUAGUAAUGAAAACUUAUUAAAAAAAUUAAAAGAAAAAUUAAUUAGACUAAAGCAAGAAGAUUCUCAUAUGAAAAAUGAGGAUGGAACAAAUAAUGAAAAGUCUAGAGACGCAUUUACUAAAAUAGAAAUUACAAGAGCAAAUGCAAGCAACGUUCUAUUAAAUGUAGAGAAAAUAGAAAAUAGAAUAAUAGAUAUCCUAAAUGAGGCUAAAAUUGAAAUGGAACCAAUUUUAAUGGGAUAUAAAGGAAAUUAUGAUACAUUAGAUGAAUUAAAAAUAGAGAAAGAAAAUUUAAAAAAUGUUUCAAAAGUUUUAAAAGAACUUGAAGAUAAAAGGAAAAAUUUUAAAAUUGAAUUAAACGAACUUGGAAUAAUAGAGACUAAAGUUAAUAGAAUGGAAAACGAAAUGAAUAUAUACAAAAAAAAUUAUGAAGAAGGAAUCUUAGAAGAAAUAAAAAAGAUAUCUGAUCAAGAGAAAAAAAAUAUAGAAUUAUUAAAAGAAUCAAUAAAUUUAAUUACUAAAAAUGCAAUUACAUUUUUGAGGGAUUCUGUAUUAGGAGAAAAUCAUAUUACACAAAAAUUUGAAGAUCCUGAAAGAAAAUUGAAUGAGAUAUAUGACUCAUUUAAUAAAUCGUACAAAGAAAUAGAAAAAGAUGCAUUAAUAAUUUUAGAAUCUUCUAAAACAUAUAAUGAUUUGAAAGAAAAAAAAGAAAAGGCUAAAAUAGAAAAAGAAAAACUCAUAGAACUAAACAAAGAAGUGAAAAUUUUGUUGAGUAAUAUUAAUGAUAUUAAAAUAAACGAGGUACUAAGAUUAAUAUUAUUUAUGAAAGAUAAAUUAGACAAUAUUAGUGAAAAUGCUGAUGAAGAGUAUUUAAAAUUGAAAGAGCAUGCAGAAGACAUUAAAAGAAAUGUUCAAAAUAUGAUAAAUUCAAAAAGCAUAAUUGCUGCAUUUAAUGAAUUAGAUAAUGCAAAACAUAAAUGUAGUGAGUUCAAAAAAAGGAAAAUAUCACAUUCUUCUUAUAAAUACAAUGCAUAUUCAAUUUACAAUGAAAUAUUUAAGGCAUCAGAAUUUAUAGAUAUAGAUAUAGAAACAAUAUCAAAUUUGAAAGGCCAUAGCAAUAUAAAUGAUACAGAAGAUAUUGUUUUAAGUAUACAAGGAGAUUCAUUUGAUAUAGAUAGUAAAGAAAAGGAAAAUGAAGAAAAUAUUAUCAAAAUGAAAAGCAUUUAUGAACAAAUAAAAAUAAGAGAUGGAUUAAAAAAUAAAAUUAGGGAAACAGCAAAUGAAGUUGAUAAAAUUUUACUCAAUGUGCAAAAUUUACUUGAGAAAUAUAAGGAAAUAAAAGAAGUAAAUUCUGAUGAGAAGGAAUAUGUUGAAAUUUUAAAAAGUUCGAGAGAGUAUGAAAAUUUUAUAGAAAUGACUAAUUAUUAUGAAGAAAAAUAUAAUAAAAUAGAGAUAAAAUUAAAAACAGAUUCAAUAAUAACAGAACUUAAUAAAUAUAAAAACUCUUUAUAUAUUUUAGAUGAGCUUAUUGAAACAUCAAAUAUAGAGGAGUUCACCGCAAACAUAUUAGAAAAAGUAAAAGGUGAUAUUAGUACUAUUACGAAUAAAGUUAUUGAUAUAAAUAAUAAUAUUUCAGGAAUUAAUGCUUCUUAUUAUGAGUUAUUAGAAUUAAGAAGAAAAUGUAAGUUAUAUUUUCUCUCUUUAAUUAUUACAACUAUUAAUACUGAGAUAUCAAAAGAUGUAGUCAUAAUUAAAAAAGAGAAGGAAUAUAUAGUUGCGUGUGUAGAAUAUAUCAUAAAUAAUUAUAACCGCAUAAAUGAUGACAUUUAUACAACAAAUAAGUGUUUUUCUGGGUACCACAUAAGUUUUUAUGAAUCAAAUAAUAUUGAAGAUUCAAAUAAAGUUAUGGAAGAAUUUAAAAUAGAAGAACAAAAUGUAUUGGAAAAAAUAGAUGAUUUAAAAAGAUCAUUUUUAAGAGCAAAUGAAAGAAGGAAUUCGAUAUCUAUAGAUGAAAGUUUUCAGGAGAUAAAAUAUCUCUAUAAAGAAUUUAAAAAAAAAAAAAAACAUUUUAAAAAUAUUUUAAAAAAAAUGAAUGAAAUAGAGUCAAAAGAAAUAGAGAAUAGUGCAAAAAUAUUCGCUAAUAUGGCAGAAUCAUAUAAGAAUGUUAUUGAAAAUGAAAAAGAGAAAAUAUUAUAUAUCAAAGAUGAGUUAAAAGAAAUUGAAUAUUUCUUGAAUAGUAAAGCUGGAAGAUUACUUCUUAUUGAGCCCAUAGAUGCAAUAAGGAAAACGCUACAACAUGAAAAAAUUUAUGAUAUAAUUAAACAUAUAGAAAUAAAAUUAAAUGGGUUAGAAAAUCGCAAUGAUAAUGAAGAUAAUAAAUUAACGAAUCACAUUGAACAAAUUCCAUAUUUAAUAGAAAGAACAAGAUUUUUACUGAAAGAUGCAGAAUUAUACCAGAAAAAGAUAGAUCAUAAUCUAUCAGAAGAAGAAAAAAUGGAAAUAGUAAAUGAAGUAAAUUAUCAUAUAAAUAAUGCUAAGAGCUGGAUAAAAAAAUCAAUGGACAUUUUUGAUAAUAUACAAAGUAUGAUAGGUCAAGGUAAAGAGUUUAUAUAUGAGAACAAUAAUACCAUUUUUUCAAUUAAUAAUAUUAUAAAAAAAAUUGAUCAAAAAGAAAAAAAUGAAAAGUGGUUGAUUGACCACAUAAAAAGUCAUCUAGAUGAAAUUAAUAAAGUAAAAGACAAAAAUGUAUUAAUAGAAAAUAAUAAUUAUGAUAAUUCUCAAUUUGAACAGUUAAAUCAAGAAAAAUAUGAAGAGAAUAAUGAAAAUGGGGGAAGUAAAUUUUAUCACUUAAAUAUUAAGGUAAUAAUAGGAAUAAUAAUUGUGUUUCUAUUAUUUUCUAGCGGAAUUAUUUCAGUUUUAUUUAAAAAUAAAAAUAAGCAUAUUAAUGGCAAAAGUAAUAAAAAUGAAGUAUAUGAAACUCAUGAAGGUUUUAAUAAUUUAUACAACUUUGAUAAAAAAGAAGUUAUUGUAACACCUUUUGCUAAUCAUGAACAGUUUUAG